UAACUAUCGCAUGCUAUGGCGAAGCAAGAGAGGAGUUGGAAGAUGAAAAUAUAACUGGGGAAAUCGGUGCAGCGUUGCGGAUUACUUUUGUCCCUUCGGUAGGAAAGGUCUAAGGGAGGUGGAUUGGAAUUGGGGGCUUUUUAAAGAAGUACCGUGCGCCCGGUUUGUGGAGGGGGGCCGGAAAAAACCCACCCAAGCUGCUGGAUCGAUGAGAGAAGAGUCAGAGGAUCCCCUGCUGACUUGAGAAAGAAAAGCGAGAGGCAGGCAGAUUACUGAGGGACUUGAAAAGAAAAGGCCUAAGCAGAAGGAACUCCAGGAACCAUGAGCAGUGCAGCAUUGCUGACUCACCUUCCAGACCCCAGCAGCAGCUUCAGAGAGGAUGCCCCUCGCCCCCCUGUACCGGGGGAAGAAGGAGAGACACCAUGCCACCUGCCUGCCAACUUGUUUGUCAUGAAAAAUCAAACUUUCAAGGCCAUGUCCGUUUCUUCCACGCCAAGGAGGAAUCAGGAUGGUCUUGGGGAGCCGGAAGGCAGCGCAUCUCCAGACUCCCCUCUUGCACGAUGGACCAAAUCCUUACAUUCUUUACUGGGAGAUCAAGAUGGUGCCUAUCUCUUUCGGACCUUCCUGGAAAGGGAGAAAUGUGUGGAUACCUUAGACUUCUGGUUUGCCUGCAAUGGCUUCAGGCAGAUGGACCUUAAUGAUACCAAAACUUCAAGAGUAGCCAAAGCUAUAUACAAAAGGUACAUUGAGAACAACAGCAUUGUCUCCAAACAACUCAAGCCUGCCACAAAGACCUACAUAAGGGAUACUAUCAAGAAGCAGCAGAUAGAUUCUAUAAUGUUUGAUCAGGCGCAGACUGAGAUUCAGACUGUGAUGGAGGAAAAUGCUUACCAGAUGUUCUUAACUUCUGAUGUAUACCUCGAAUAUGUAAGGAGCGGGGGAGAAAAUCCUGCUUAUGUUAACAGUAAUGGACUGGGGAGCUUACAAGUGGACUGUGGCUAUCUCCCUACGUUGAAUGAAGAAGAGGAGUGGAGCUGUGCAGAUUUUAAAGACAAACUUUUGCCAUCCGUAAUUGGGCUGUCCAGCAAGAUGCUGAGGGCUACAGCAAGCAUCCGAGCUACGGAAACUGUGGAGAAUGGGUUCAGGUCUUUCAAGAGGAAUGAUCCUGUUAACCCUUACCAUGUCAACUCUGGCUAUGUCUUUGCUCCAACCACUAGUGCAAACGAUAGUGAAAUAUCUAGUGAUGCUUUGACUGAUGAUUCCAUGUCAAUGACAGACAGCAGUGUUGAUGGGAUCCCUCCUUACAGACUUGGGAGCAAGAAGCAACUCCAGAGGGAAAUGCAUCGUAGUGUCAAGGCCAACGGUCAAGUUUCUCUACCUCACUUUCCAAGAACCCACCGUCUUCCUAAGGAGAUGACCCCUGUGGAACCAGCUAUCUUUGCGGCUGAACUCAUCUCUCGGUUGGAAAAGCUCAAGCAACAGCAAGAGACCAUGGACUGCCUGGAAGAGAGGCUGCAGCAAAUCACAGAGGAUGAAGAAAAGGAGUGCCCUGAUAUACCUGCCAGCUUGCAGACCAGUAGGGAGACUUCAGUUGCUCAGCAACACCAGCACCCGCUCAACCUCUUACCAUCUGGCAAUUUUGAGGAUGACCCACAGGCAAUUCUGGAUGACCAUCUCUCUCGAGUUCUGAAGACUCCAGGGUGCCAGUCUCCGGGCAUGGGACGGCAUAGCCCUCGCACACGCUCACCGGACCGCCUCCCGGGUGGCAAAUUGCUGCUGGCUCCAGGAACAGCCUCAGUACCCACAGCCUGUGCCCUCAUCAGCAAAGGAUUUAUUACCAAGCAGACCACCAAACACGUUCACCACCACUAUAUCCACCACCACACCAUCCCCAAGACAAAAGAGCAGAUAGAAGCGGAGGCAGCCCAGCGGGUCCAGUGUUUCUGUGCUGGCGGAAAUGACUACUAUUGCUACUCAAAGUGCAAGGGGCACUCAAAAGGGGCAGACCUUCCUGCAGCUCAGCUGGAGCCACUUGGCCUCAGCAGAACUGGGACAUUGCUGAAGAGGACCUCUAAACUAUCGGAUGGCGUCAUCUUGCCAGGUGGAGAAGGAGGAGGGCUGUCUGUACAACCAGGGACCCAGCUACCUGGAGGGGAGGCAGACCGCUCACAGAAUGUCUGGCAGUGGAUGCUGGAGAGUGAAAGACAAUCUAAGCACAAAAUCCAUAGCACACAAAGCACAAAGAAGGCCUACAACUCCGAGUCCACCAGAGGUGUGCCUGGUGAGCGUCCAACCCGGCACCAUCUGUGGGGCAAUGGCAGCCAUCCGCGCGGGGCACAACCUGCCCACCCUUUCAUCCAGGAUCCCGCUAUGCCCCCGCUGACGCCACCCAACACUUUGGCCCAGCUGGAAGAAGCUUGCCGCAGGCUAACUGAAGUAUCCAAGCCUCAGAAACAACGAUGCUCAACCUCAAAUCAACCCAGGGAUCGCAACCACUUGACUUCAGUGCCCGGAGGAAAUGGUCCUUUUUGUAGUCCAAGCACAGCGACAGAAGAUCACAAAGAACCAAAGAAACUUCCUGCUGUUCACUCCUCCCAGCCUAGUGAGUUGGUUGUCACUUAUUUUUUCUGUGGAGAAGAAAUUCCCUAUAGGAGGAUGUUGAAGGCCCAGAGCCUGACACUUGGGCACUUUAAAGAGCAGCUGAGCAAAAAAGGAAAUUAUAGGUAUUACUUCAAGAAGGCAAGUGAUGAGUUUGACUGUGGUGCUGUUUUUGAAGAAAUCUGGGAUGACAAUGCCAUUCUGCCCAUGUACGAAGGAAGGAUCCUUGGAAAAGUAGAAAGGAUUGACUGACUGGCUGGCUGGCUGGCAUUGUCUGUGUAUGUGUAUGUACAGAACCAUAAGCUAAAGAUGCCAGCUGUUGGGACAGACCACAAAACAAAGGUUUUGGAGGAAGGCUUGAACCAAUGAAGAAAAAGCUACAAAAUAUAUGGAGGUCUAUGAAGACUUUGCCAAAUCAGCCUUAGCAAUUUUUUAAAAAUGGUGUUCAGGCUGGGUACUGAGACAUUAAGAACCCUGAACUAUUUAUUAAAAACAUGACCACUUCUUGGUUAUUAAAGAUGCAUAUGAUGUUGAGAGACUUCCAUACAUAAUAUAUGGUUUCUGGGGGAUCCCAGUCCUACAGACUCAGAGAACUGUAUGUAGCUUACCUUACAGUAAUCCUUACUGAUAUUUAUUGAACAGUCUUUUCCCCCCUGAAGUCCAUUUUAUGGACAUGCUGCUUUAAACAAUGGAGAAAGAGGGGAUGUGAUAUAGAGAGAAGGGGUGGGUUUGUAUUUUAUUUUUACAUUGUUUCUACUAUCUAAAGUAUUUGGAUUAUGUCUUUUAUAAAAAUACAUUCAUUUCUGCCUCCAUAGAGAACAAACUGGAAUUAUGAGGUGCCCAACAUUUCCGUACACUUUUAUUUCUUCAGUGUGUAUGUGUGUGUGAGAGAAAAAUGUAUACUUCUAGAGAGUGAUGCAUUUUGAUCAAUGCUGCUCUGAUUUUCAGGCCCAGUGCAGACCUAAUGUUCUCAAUCUCCUAACUGUGGUGAACAGAUAACAGAACACCCCCAUGGUCUCCAAGAUAUCCCCAUACCUUCCUCCUCUAACAGUAGUGCAAUGUUAUGUGUGUAAAAGUUUAAAAACCAGUUUUGGUUAGCAGUAACAGAGUUUGCCAAAUUGCUGCUUACUCUGGUUACAAGUUCUGGUUUGGGGCUUACAGUAGCUAAUGUUAAUGCCAGUUCAGGAGUAAGGUGCAAACAGAGGAGGGGGGGAAAUCAUGUUUAACAGCAGAGGAUAGCAAAACAGCCUACAAAUGUUUGUAAUUUUCUAACCAUGGUUAGGAGAUUAGGAAUGUUAUGACUACAUUGGCCCUAACCUUGGAUUCAUGGGCCAAUAUUACAAGAGUUACUGGGGAUGUUGUCAGUGUGGUAAGAACAUACUUUUGCCAUGUUGCAUAUACCAAUCAUAAACAUUGUGUCCAGUGCCUCUUUUUAGCAAGGCAAGCAUACAGUUAUAAAGUUUAUAGAACCUAUUGGGUCAUCCAGUCCAGCUUCCUGACAGACCUGUCUGUCUCAGGAAGAGCAGUACAUGAAACCAAUACCAUUCACGUUGACAGGAGUAUAGCCAGAUUUUUUUUAAAAAAAUGGGUAUUUAUCGUAAAAAGCUAUACUUUUAAAAAAAUAUAGCCAGUCUUUGAAUAGCAGCCUAUUGUAUUUCAACCAUAAAAUAUAGGUGCAGAGUGAAGGGGAGUUAUGGGCCAAUCCCUGAAUAGAGUCCUCCAGUUUUCUGGCAUCAAAUUCUGGAGCUAAAUUCUGGUUCUGCUCAAAUUUGAAUUUUAUAGAGCUCGGCAGAAGCUUUGCGGACUCAUUCUGGUUGUAUUCCACUAGGACUGUUGUCAUUCUGAAGGACAAAAAGUCAUAAAUUCCCACCAUGCCCUGAACAAGGGAUACAUUUUUGCCUUUUCUAGGGAGAAACGGGUGUUUGCUUCAUGGACUGCUGCUGGAACAACUUUUGCCUUUGCUCCCAAGCUGUCAAUAGUAUUCAUUGCUGGAUUAUGGCUAAAAUGUAAUGUGCUAUAAAAUACCAGAAAAGUUCCCUACUCUAAUUGCACCCUUUGUGUGUAGUGGGCUAAUGCAACACACAACACUUUGCCCCUGCCCAGGCAUUUUAUUUCUACAUGUUGUGUUUGUCAAUGCAUUCUGUUUGCCAAUGUUACAUUUUUUUUGUAUAAUAUGUCUGUAUAUAGUGUAGAAAAUAUAUAUGGUGAGGAGAAAA